AAAAACUUCAAAUUAUUAAUUUGAAUAAUUCAGUAUUUAUACAUUUGGCAUACAGAAGUGUCGCUAAUUGCCCCUUUGCUUUUAAAAAGUAACUACUUAACAGUAGUUAUAUCUGCCUGCCGCUAAAGCCUUUGUGAAGUUUUUUCACACAGUUAAGCAGUCUUCAGCAUAACCUUACACGGGAGUGACGAGGAGCGGCUCUCUUUCCCUCUCUCUCAUUUUUCAAGUGGAUUUAAGGAUUUAUACACUCACGCUGGAUUUAUGACUCCGUCCUGGAUUACUACUGGAUUUAGUGCUGGAUUAAUUACUAUGGAUCUUUUCUCCAUCAUGGACAUAAUUACACACUAAUUCAUCGAGGAUGGGAUCCGGACGCUGCUUAGCGAUGAUCGUCUAUUGAAUGAUUUAUUCCACACUCGCCAGAACUGUUAUCGCAACAGGCGGAUGAGUGAAAGGAAGAAGGUUAAGCCCUCGCAGUUGUGAACCUUAAACUCUCGUACAAAAGUGCAUUUCUUCGUCCUCGCUUGACAUUCUUAAUCAUUCGAGGACUCGUUUACGUUAUUCCACCACCAGCUGCUACAGUGAAAUUUAUUUCAUUUUAAAUUAUAUCUAUUCAUAAAUGUCUAACCAUUUAAAUUUAAAUUUAUUAAAUAUUUAAAAUGCAUUUUUUCCAUCUCUACCCUUUCACUUAAAAAUGCAAAGUUUAAUGAUAUGAUCCUGGUCAUUUCAUAUUGAUUUUAUAUUUACAUAUUUAAACUCCCCCUAAUUUUUUCCGCUUGGUCCUUCGAACUUUUGGAUUCAUAUUUUUAAGCACUGGUGUGGAAUGUUGGUCGUGUCUAGUUGGGCGGUGUCCGGGUCCCCCUCCUCUCGCGUUAUACGUGUUAGUUUUUUAUUUGAAAGUAGAUUUGUGUGGUGUGUUGUCUAUUAGUUAAAGAUGGCGGAAUCGGAAAAGCGUGAACGUACUACCAUACGCCGUAAGGUUAGUGUAUUGUAUACUAAAUUGUGUAAUGCUGUUGAUUCUUUGGAUAAAGCUGAAUUGCAAACAGAGUUGAGUUUUCUGAGUGAGUACAGUCAAAGAUUGCAGAGCUUAGAUGAUUUGAUUUUGAGUAAAGUUAGACUGGACUCCUUAGUUCCGCAGGAGGAUUUGGAUAGGCAGGAUUCUGAAUGUGAGGAAUAUUAUCGUAAAAUUAAAUUACUGUCAAACAAAAUGCAAUCUAGACUUGAUAAUCUCUCCUUACAGAUUGAUAAUAAAACUCCUUGCAGAACUAGAAUUGAUUUGCCCAAGUUGAAUUUGCCUCAGUAUUAUGCAGAUUCUAAGGAAGAUAAAUUUACAUGCAAGCGAUUCUUUGAAGUUUUUGAACACUUGACUGCUCCGUAUAAUUUAAAUGAAGUCGAGAGGUAUAAUUUACUUGAGCAGCAAUGUCAUAGUAGAGCAAAGGCUAUGAUUAGUUCCAUAAAUGUGUCCCAGCAAACUUUUGGUCAGGCUAAACAAAUUUUGAUCGCAGCAUUUGCUGAUGAAAUGCCUCAGAAGUUUGUCCUCAUUAAAGAGUUAACUGACUUGAGGUUUGUUUGGGGCAAGGAUGAUCCAUAUAUUUUUUAUGCUCAUAUUAAGAAGCUGAUUGAUGCAGUGAAAGAUAAUGCUAUUGAUUUGGACACUGUUAUGCUUUAUUUUGUGUGGUCUUCACUGCCUACUAAAUUUCAAGAUAUCAUAGUUGCGAUCACAAAUAAGUCUUAUCCUACUUUAGAUGAUGUCACUGGUAAAUUUUUAGAAGCUUGCAGCAGAUAUAACGCUCAAUUAAACACUAGUGAAAGAAGUCCAUGUAAGACCGCAGUAUUGGCUACUAGUUUGAAUACUAGUUUAACAAGGAGUACAUGUAUGCUUUGUAACGCUAAAGAUCACAAAAUUGCCAGUUGUACAAAGUACUUGGAAGUAUCUGAUAAAAUAAAGCGAUUGAAAGAAUUGCACAAGUGCUUUAAAUGCUUAAAAGCAGUCAUAAUAGUAAUGGGUGCAGAUUUCAAACAUCAGGUGUAUGCUUCAAAUGCAAAAAGGGUAAACACUGGAGUUUUUUGUGUAGCUCAAAGCCAACAGAUUCUAGUAAUAGUAAACAAACUACCACAAAGGUGGUUAAUGUUGUUGAGAGUGUUAAUGAAAUUCCAUCAACUGUUACAGCAUCCAGUCAUUUGGAUAUUGUUGAUUCUUUAUUACCAUUACUAACAGUGACAACUGAACAUGAUCGCGUAAAAGUGGAUACAGUUUUGGAUUCAGGUAGCCAGAAUUCCUUUAUUGAGGAAAGUUUAGCAGAUUUCUUAAACUUAAAGGUAGUAGAUCCUAAGAUACAUUUGAUUAUCAAGGGGAUUAAUACUAAUCAAAAGAUUUGUACCAAGUCAGUGAGUUUUCCUUUUAAGAUUGGUGAUGUAAGUUAUGAAAUUACUUGCAUUUGUAUUCCUAAGAUUAAAAUUCAGAUGAAAGCUCCUCAUAUGUCUAAAUUAAUAGAACUGUUAAGGCAGAGUGGUAAAGAGGUUGCUUAUGAUAAAUUCAAUGGUGUAAACAGAAUUCAUGACAUUGAUGAUAUAAAGUUACUGAUAGGUGCAAAGGAUUGGCAUUGUGUGAUGAGCAUGGAGAGUGGAGUACUAGGUCAAAAAGACAGACUGACUUCUUUUUACAGAAUUAAUGAUAAACUAAUAUUGAUUGGUUCUAUUUCUGACUGGAUAAAGAAUCUUUCCGAAGUGGUAGAUACAUCUUUGAUGUCUAAUAAGAAGAUUUCUGAAGAAAUAGAAUCUACUACUUCAUAUAUUGGCACUAUGGAGAUUGAUUCUGAUGGAUUUGACUAUGAAGUGCCAACACUUGAUGGAAUAUGUAAUUUUGAAAGCAUGCCAGAUAUAGCAGAGGUUGCGGAUUAUUCUCAGUUGGAUCAUAAUUGUAAAAUAUUCAUAAAUAUGGAAGAAGAGAAUUCUAUUGAAUGUGUUACUAAUGAAACUGAGCAAGAAGUGACGGAUUUUAUUUUAUGCAACAUUUCCAGAGAUUCUGAAAGACAUUAUGUUGUACCAAUUCCUUGGUUGACUAGAUAUAAAGAUCUUCUUGGAUCAAAUGAGGGACUUGCUUUCAAGGUUCUGUGCAGUCUGAAGAAGAAAUACAUGAACAGUAAUGUUCUAAAGCGAGUUGAUGAAGUUUUCCAGUCACAAAUUGAUUUGGGAAUCAUUGAGAAAGUUGAAGAUUUUGAAGAAUAUAAAAGGAAAUUUCCAAAAUAUUUCUUCAUUAGCCACAGUCCUGUAAUUAAAGAAGAAAGAGAUACUACGAAAGUAAGAGUUAUUUACAUGGCGAAUCUUGCAGAAAAGAGACCUGAUGGUAGUAAAGGCAUUAGUCUGAAUCAAUGUAUUCACCCAGGUUACAACAAGAAUUUUAAGAUAAGUGAUGCAUUGACCAUGAUGAGGUUUGACAAGUUUGUAUUUGGAUUUGAUAUUUCAAAAGCCUUUCACAGAUUAGCCAUUGAUGAUGAGAAUUCCUCAAAAUUUCUCUUUUAUUGGUUUAAGGAUGUUGAAUCCAGAGAUUUUACACCAGUUGUGUAUCGCUCAAAGCGAGUAAUAUUUGGGAUGUCUGUUUCUCCAUAUCUGUUGCAGUGCAGUCUUUAUAAUAUGUUAAUAUUGGGGACAGAUGGUGAUGCUGAAGAAAUUCAGGAAUUGAAAAAAAGAAUCUACCAAGGCAGUUAUGUUGAUAAUUUUCUGAUUGGCUGCGCAGAUGAAGAUGAAGUUGAAAUGGUUCACAGGGAAGCCAGUACAAUAUUUGAGCAGCAUAAAUUUCCGUUGCAGCAGUAUGUUACUAAUUAUUCUCAAUUUCAGCAUGAGAUUGACUGUAAAGUUGGCACAGAGACUCCACAAGAGGUUAAAAUUCUUGGCAUGUGCUGGGACAGAUAUAAUGAUGUACUAAAGGCCACAUAUUCUACGAUUGGCUUAAGUUGGCUAGCUGAUUAUGAGAACUUGAGAACAAAGCUUCAAAAGAGAAGUGUGUAUGUGAAUAAUAGAAUCACAAAUAUUGUCGACCUCUGUAAGUCUAUACACUCGGUGAAGUUAGCUCAUGUAGGAUCAAAUGAAAAUGCUGCAGAUUUCACUACUAGAUUAGUAUCUUUCUCAAAGUUGAGAAACUCUUGUUACUUGACCGGACCCGAGAUGUUGCGGAAAGAUUUAAGUUUACUGGAAUGGCUUGUAAUUCCUAAUCCAGGCAUGAUUAAUGAUGUGGAUAUACCCAAGCUGGUUUUAAAUAAGGCAAGUGUUGAAGAUAUGUCACUAUGGUUUGCUAACAAAGUAUUUUCAGAUUCUGGCUCAAAUCUUGGUGGUGCAUUCACAUGGAUUGAGGAAUGUCUGAAAGCAAGUGAGGUGCAGGAAUUCUUCAAUCAGAGGGGUGUCGAUGUCACUGAAUUUUCACAGUAUCCUCGUGGUUCUCUGAAUCGUGGUAUUGGAGGUAUCAUAGAGUCCGGAGUUGGUCUGGUGCUGUCACCAGAGUUUUUGAAGUUUGGAUAUGAUACACAGGUUAUGGAAUGUAUAUAUCACGAAGGUCAACUUGAUGAUUAUGACUCUUCUGAUUUGGGUGAUGGGUUAAGUGAUUCUCAUAUUGAUCAGUUAGAUUUAAAUCUUGUACCUCAGAGUGAUUCUUAUGUUUCUAAUGACAAUAUUGCAAGAAUUCAACGGGGGGCUGCUUUGAUUUGUUCUGAGAAGAAUAAGCAGCUACCUCAAUCUGGUCUUGUAUAG